AUGGAGCCUCCAGUGCUCCCCCCGGUUUCUUCCCAAAGCCCCCCGCGCUACCCUCCGUUAAUCGAAGACGAUCCCAUAUUCCGUCGCAUGGUGUCCCUUCACCUCCCUGAGCCGAUUCCCGCAAGAACUCGUUCAGGAUCUAACCCGGUUCUCCCCCUUGGCUGGAGAACACUUCACCCCAUUGGAAUUAAAGAAGGAAUCGUGCCCAGGGGUUAUGAGCAGCAAUAUGGUGGACAGGCAUUUGGAUGGCGAAAAUGGAGGGAUUUUGCAGAAGCCAGGAGAAGGCUGAUUAGCCGCGAUCCAAAUAUCGCGUGGACAAGUGGCCAGUGGAUGACUGAACGGAAGGGAGGAAGUGAUGUUCGUGGCACGGAAACAGUAGCCAGGAAGCUUUCAGCUGCAGAGAAAUCGGAGUCAGACGGCGUUGAUGCCAACAGCUUGCCCCUGGGCCCAUGGCGCAUUGACGGAUUCAAAUGGUUUUCUUCAGCAACAGAUGCGAAUAUGACCAUUCUGCUUGCUAAAACAAGUCAGGACGGAGCCGUCAGUGCUUUCUAUGCACCGCUACGAAGAAGAGUAAAAGGAGGUAACGGCGAAACCGAGCUAAACGGAAUCCGGAUUCAACGGCUCAAAAACAAACUGGGGACGAAGCCUGUGCCUACGGCAGAGCUGGAACUUAAAGGGAUGAGGGCAUACCUCAUUGGAAAGGAGGGACAGGGAGUCAAAGAGAUUUCCACUCUUCUUAACAUAACCAGGUUACAGAACGCCAUUGCAGCUGCAUAUGCGAAAGUCAGAAUGGUCAGAAACACAUUGUUGAUGGACAUGCCAGCGCAUGUCAGGAAACUCGCACAGGACUACGUCAAAUAUGCAGCUAACAUGCAUCUAACAUUCCUUUUGGCAGCCUUGCUUGGCCUCUCUGAGGGACAGGACAGUGGUCCAACACCCGCAGCGCGAGCAAACAUUGUCCCUCAGACCCAGCGGGAAGCACAGGCACUCCUGCGGCUUCUUACGCCGAUGGUCAAAGCCCAGACCGCGCUUCGAGCGAUCAAGGGGGUACGCGCAUGUAUGGAAAACCUCGGUGGCGUCGGAUAUCUUGAGAACGAGGAUCCGUUAUUCAAUAUUGCUCGAAUCUUCAGAGAUUCAUGCGUGUUAAGCAUUUGGGAAGGGACCACAGAUAUUAUGGCUGACGACCUCAUUCGUGUGGCCAAGGGGAGAGAAGGCUCAGAAUGUCUUGCGGUAUUAGGUGCCUGGGUUUCAAAUGUAUUGGGUGCGGCUGAUUCAAAAGGAUUCGGCAACGAAGCCCGACAGCUGCGGCGGGUAUGGGAGCACUGGCUCACAGGGAUCAAAACCAAGGAGAAGGAGCAGUUGAAAUGGGAAGGCAGAAGCUAUUUACGGGACCUCGAGCAUGUGGUCUGUGGCUGCCUUUUGAUUUUAGAUGCCUCGAGAGACCGGGACGAUGUUGUUAGAGAGAUUGCUAGACGCUGGAUCCUUGGAGACAGCACUCAAGGGCCCUGGAAAGCACAAGCCGAGUGGGACAGACGCAUUGUGUUUGGGGCAGCGUUGAGAAAUACCCGAUUGUGA